UUCUCACGGUGCAAAGCUACAAACAUAGGUGCAUAGGCACAUUAAGCAGAAGUCUUGAGUACACUGGUCGCCCCGGGAAUACUUCGGGUUAAGGAGCCAUCACUGUACCUACUUGGUAGAGAGUCUGCUAGUUUUGGAAGCACCUAUCCAUCCGCCCAACCAACCAACCAACCAACCGCGAAUAAGUCUCCAACGUUCUUAGGUAUCAGAGGACCUGUUUUCAGAGAACGCUUGUGGUGAAGUUAUUGGAAAUUCCUGAACUCGCACUCACUCCUUCGCUCAUUCAUUUGCUCACUCAUCAAAGCAGAGGGUACAACCAAAUUUAUUCGGCUAACUCGAGCAUCGUCACAGUUCUGGAAUUCCAGGAAAGAAUACGCUUCAGACUAAACUUGGGGAUUGGAGUAUAUAUUUUCCUGAUAUAAGAGUGCAUACGCAUCAAACCACCAUCGGACCCGCAAACACUCAUCAUGAAGGUUCAUUUGAUAUCAGUAGUGAUGGUCGUCUGUCUGAUUUCAAAAGCUCAUCCGAAGCCUCAAGGAAUAUCUCCAGCACUCGGUGACCAUCACUUCAGGCUCCGUUUUGGCAUGAACAAAUUUGCACAAGACUUAUUCAAAGCCUGGUUGGAUGAUAGUAAUGGCAAUGUGAUCAUCUCUCCCUUAAGCAUCUAUUUAGCCAUGGCUAUGGUCCUCUACGGGUCACCAGAGAAAAGCCAAACCAAUCAAGAAUUACUGGCCCUUCUUGGGUUGGAUCCCAAAUUCUACGAAGAGUACUCGCACAAUAUCCUGGAUACUUUGCGGCGCUAUGAGGCAUUGGACAACAUCCAAAUAGCAAAUAAAAUGUACUUUGACCGGAGCAUCAAUGUCAAAUCCAACUACGAAAAGUUUUUGGAAGUCGUUUUCCGCAGUCCCGGGGAGGCCAUCAAUUUCGGCCAAGUCGCUUCAGCGGUUGACCAAAUAAAUGCAUUUGUGGGUCAGGCAACCAAGGGCAAGAUCCAGGACCUUCUACAAACGCAAGACAUUACUGAUUUAACACGCAUGAUUUUGGUCAACGCAAUUCAUUUCAAAGGCACUUGGGAAGCCGGUUUUAAUUCGAUUGAAACCUUCUCAAAGCCCUUCUUUGUGGAUGACAACCAGUCCUUUUCUUAUGAGGAAACUAUGCACCAGGAAGGCAACUUCGGACUAGCCGAGGUUAAUGGAGCGCAAGUUCUGGAAAUGAGGUAUAAAACACCGAGCUUGAAAAUGUUCAUAAUUCUACCUAAUAGUGAUCAAGACAUUCGCUCCGUCGACAUUGGGACUAUUGACUUCGCGUUGUUACAUAAAACUUUUGCAUCGAAAAAGGUCUCGCUCCAACUACCCAAAUUCAAGAUAGAAUCUAAGGGUGAACUCAAAAGCAACCUAGAAAAACUCGGGGUGACUACGGUGUUCGGGGCCAAAGCCAACUUAAGUGAUAUUUCCAACGAGCCCCUAGUCUUGAGCAAGGCCAUUCAUCAAGCACGCCUGGAGGUGAACGAAGCUGGCACAGAGGCCGUCGGUGCCACAGUGGUUGCGAUCGACGUUCGUGUGGCUUCCAAAGAGCCUCCUAGCUUCAGGGUGGAUCGACCUUUCUACGCGGUUAUCUAUGACAGCGUCUUGGAGGUUCCCAUCUUUUUGGCUCGAAUUGUGGACCCUAAAGGCACACUAACCCUCUCGACGGCCAAUUUGGAUCGCCGAUCCGCCGAUUCCCUGAUCAACCCCCGUUCCCCGUUGGCGGCCAAUUCUCAACAGACUCCAAGUGUGGCGGCGGAGGCGGCAACUCGAAAAGAUUGUCGGCCAAAUAUGGGCGACAUUCAAUUCCCUUGCCACCCCCUGAAAUAAAAACAACAUUAUUCCAACAUUUCCCCCGAGCCAGACUGUUUGCAUAAAUGUUAAUAAAGCAAUUGUAAACGCCCUA